UUGAACUGAGACGCAGAAAGAGAAAGAGGAGGAACACCAGCAAACAGCAAUGGUAUCUUUGGGGCUGCAGAUUCUGGGUGUGGGGUUGGCGGUGCUCGGAUGGGUUGGAAACAUAUUGAUCUGUAUGCUGCCAUUGUGGAAGGUGUCUGCAUUCAUCGGGAACAACAUCGUGGUGGCUCAGACCAUCUGGGAAGGACUGUGGAUGACCUGUGUGGUACAGAGCACAGGCCAGAUGCAGUGCAAGGUCUACGACUCCCUGCUGGCCCUGCCUCCAGACCUCCAGGCGGCCCGGGCCAUGGUUGUCAUCGCCAUUCUGUUCUCUUUGUUUGGCCUGCUGCUCUCUGUGGUGGGAGGGAAAUGCACCACCUGCGUUGGGGACAAAGCAGCAAAAGCCAGAGUGGCCAUCUCUGCAGGUGUUUUCUUCAUCCUGAGUGGGGCUCUAUGUCUGGUGACUGUGUCCCUGCCUGCUAAUACUAUCAUAAAGGACUUCUACAACCCCAUGGUUCCUGACGUUCAGAGGAGGGAGCUCGGUGCCUGUUUGUACAUAGGCUGGGGAGCAUCAGGGCUGCUGCUGAUUGGUGGGGCUCUCCUCUGCUGUCAGUGCCCGUCAGGAGGAGACCGCUACAGCGGAGCAAAGUAUUCCCCACCGAAAUCCACAACACCCGGGAAGGAAUUUGUCUAACAUGAGAGGAGAGCACUCUGCAUACAGUUCAAACCUGUUGCUUAUCAAAUUGUGAUUUGCAUUGUGACUAACUUCCUUUAUCUAACACACUGUGGCCAUUUGUUUUUGAAAGAUACAAGAGACCCUGUAAGGUACGUGCCAUGUUAGAAGAACACAACAUGAAGUUAAGAAUUGCAGUUAAAUUCUUUUCUUUUUACUCAGUGUAUGUUUUGUGUUAUAAUUUCAGUAUUAACUCAGUCUGACUCAGACUUUCAGUCCUCAUGUUUCCAUCAUCUUGUUUGUAAGCACUUAAAAUGUAAAAUAUGUUUGUCAUGUGAGAGUUAUUUUUCAGUUUCAUUCUGUUUUUUCAUUCAGACAAUAAACUAUUUUUGUCAAA